GAGAGGCCGCGUAGCGUCGCCGUUACUCCGAGGAGAGACCAGUCGGUAGAGGAGAAGUCCAGGUUAGAGGGAACUGGGAGGCACUUUGCUGUCUUCAAUCGAAGUUGAGGGUGCAAAAAUGCAGAGUAAUAAAACUUUUAACUUGGAGAAGCAAAACCAUACUCCAAGAAAGCAUCAUCAACAUCAUCACCAGCAGCAACAGCUGCAGCCGCCACCACCGCCAAUACCUGCAAAUGGGCAACAGGCCAGCAGCCAAAAUGAAGGCUUGACUAUUGACCUGAAGAAUUUUAGAAAACCAGGAGAGAAGACCUUGACCCAACGAAGCCGUCUUUUUGUGGGAAAUCUUCCUCCCGACAUCACUGAGGGAGAAAUGAGGAAACUAUUUGAGAAAUAUGGAAAGGCAGGCGAAGUCUUCAUUCAUAAGGAUUAAGGAUUUGGCUUUAUCCGCUUGGAAACACGAACCCUAGCGGAGAUUGCGAAAGUGGAGCUGGACGGUAUGCCACUCUGUGGAAAGCAGCUGCGUGUGCGCUUUUCCUGCCAUAGUGCAUCCCUUACAGUUCGAAACCUUCCUCAGUAUGUGUCCAACGAAGUGCUGGAAGAAGCCUUUUCUGUGUUUGGCCAGGUAGAGAGGGCUGUAGUCAUUGUGGAUGAUCGAGGAAGGCCCUCAGGAAAAGGCAUUGUUGAGUUCUCAGGGAAGCCAGCUGCUGGGAAAGCUCUGGACAGACGCAGUGAAGGCUCCUUCCUGCUAACCACAUUUCCUCGUCCUGUGACUAUGGAGCCCAUGGACCAGUUAGAUGAUGAAGGGGGACUUCCAGAGAAGCUGGUUAUAAAAAACCAGCAAUUUCACAAGGAACGAGAGCAACCACCCAGAUUUGCACAGCCUGGCUCCUUUGAGUAUGAAUAUGCCAUGCGCUGGAAGGCACUCAUUGAGAUGGAGAAGCAGCAGCAGGACCAAGUGGACCGCAACAUCAAGGAGGCUCGUGAGAAGCCAGAGAUGGAGAUGGAGGCUGCACGCCAUAAGCACCAGGUCAUGGUAAUGAGACAGAAUUUGAUGAGGCGCCAAGAAGAACUUCGGAGGAUGGAAGAGCUGCACAACCAAGAGGUGCAAAAACGAAAGCAACUGGAGCUCAGGCAGGAGGAAGAGCGCAGGCGCCGUGAAGAAGAGAUGCGGCGGCAGCAAGAAGAAAUGAUGCAGCCACAGCAGGAAGGAUUCAAGGGAACCUUCCCUGAUGUGAGAGAGCAGGAGAUUUGGAUGGGUCAGAUGGCUAUGGGAGGUGCUAUGGGCAUAAACAGCAGAGGUGCUUUGACCCCUGCUCCUGUGCCAGCUGGUACCCCAGCUCCUCCAGGACCUGCCACUAUGAUGCCGGAUGGAACUUUGGGAUUGACCCCACCAACAACUGAACGCUUUGGUCAGGCUGCUACAAUGGAAGGAAUUGGGGCAAUUGGUGAAACUCCUCCUGCAUUCAACCAUGCAGCUCCUGGAGCUGAAUUUGCUCCAAACAAACGUCGCCGAUACUAAUAAGUUGCAGUGUCUAGUUUCUCAAAACCCUUAAAAGAAGGACCCUUUUUGGACUAGCCAGAAUUCUACCCUGGAAAAGUGUUAGGGAUUCCUUCCAAUAGUUAGAUCUACCCUGCCUGUACUACUCUAGGGAGUAUGCUGGAG